AUGGGUCAGAAAUACACAACACUGAAGCAGAAAUACACCUCACUGAAGCAGAAAAACAACACGUUGGAGCAGAGAAACAACACGUUGGAGCAGAGAAACAACACGUUGGAGCAAAAAAACACAGUCUUGGGUCAGAAAUACACAACACUGAAGAAGAUAAAAGCUGCCUUGGGUCAGAAAAACACCACCCUGGAGCAGAAAAGCACAGCCUUGGACCAGAAAAUCACCACCCUGGAGCAGGAAAACAUCGCACUGGAGGAGAAAAGUAACAUACUGGCGAAAGAAAAGACUGCCUUGGAGCAGAGAAACACCAUCCUGCAGCAGAGAAUCACCACCGUGGAACAGGAAAAUGCCGCCAUGGAACAGGAUUUCACCGUCCUAGCAGAGGAUUACACCGCCCUGCAGGAGAAUUGGAACACCUUAGUACAUGAAAACACCACUCUGCAGCAGAGAAUCCCCUUUUUGGAGGUGAUAAAUCGCGCCCUGGACCGGAGAAACCAAAACUUGCAACGGGACAACAUAAUUUUUGAGAUGGAGAACAACGACCUGCAGCAGCACAUCGACGACUUGAAUCAGAGGAGAAGGGCCCUGGAGCGAGAAAAAACCAAGCUGUUGCUGUCAGUCACUUCUCUGGAGGUGAAACGCAUUGUCCUGGAGAAGACGAGCACAGACUUGGAGGAGGAAAAAAGUACACUGACAAAAGAAAACACCGCCCUGCGGCAAAAAUACGCUGCCUUGGAGGAGGAAAAAAGAGCCCUAGAGCAGAACAACACCACCCUAGAGCACAAAAACACCGCCCUGGAGCAGGAAAAUUCCGCCUUGAAGCUGAAAAGCACCACCCUGGAGCAUAUAAACACAGCCUUUGAGGAGGAAAACACCAACCUGCAACCUGAAGUGGACCAGCUGAACAACAGGCUGAGGGACAGAGAGGAACAACAGAACCAGCAGCCAUCUGAACAGGAAACCCACGAAAACAGCCAGUCGGUUUCAGACCAGCCACAGAUUCGGCCGUCUGUAUUCAGACGUGUGAUCAAUAGACGUCUGAAUAUGUUCCAAAGAGGCACUUUCAGGCAAUGGCUUGAAAGAUGGCACUUCUAAAUAAAGAAGUGUCAUGAGGGCUCCAAACUUCAUGCUUGAUUAUCGGUGGCAGAAAAGGAUAAGGACAACAGGACAGCGGUGUCAGAGGAGCUUGACACAUGGGGCCAUUGGCGGAAGAGCUUAACGCUUGAAAGUUGUUGGCAGGAAAGGCAG